AUGGGUGCCUUUUGGAGACUGAUACCGCUCGUCAUUCUCUUCGGUGUUAUCGGAGCGAUGGCCUAUGUUGGCUACCAGAUGUACCUCUACGCCAACGACCUCAAAGACAAGGGCCUGAAGAACAUGGAGAAGAAAAACGUCACCUUCACAAAGGACGGCAUGAAGGUCGGCGUCAAGGAGGUGCGGGACGAGGACUAUGCGGACAAGACGCAGAAUGUGCUUGUCAACGUGUGGAAUAAUGCCUCGUUUCCGGCGUACAAGAGCCCCGUCAUGGGCUGGAUGCAGGACGACAAGUCAGCAGGGAAGAAGUUGACGAAGGAGCAGAAGGCGUCGUAA